AAACGCCCCUUUUGGCAUCUUUCAUGUUGCAAAUAGGGAAGCAUAUGUCAGAUGUAACCUGUAUUUGUUUGUGACUGAACCCGUGUUUAACCACUGGGUACUGGGUGGUUAGUAAACUCGUUUUUUUGUUGUUUUUUACUUUGUGAAAGAGGCACGAAAGGAUGUUUUCCACAUUUAUUAAGUGUCAGAUCAUCAUCGCAUUCAUCUGCAAUGGAUUUAGUUACGAGCCCACAGAGGAGAACUUGAAGUGUUUUAAUGACUAUGACACAGAGAUGAAAUGCAGUCUCUCCACUGACCGACUCAAAAGCUGCUCUGGAUACAAGCUCAACAUCAAACAUAAUGUGUUCAAUAUGAAUCAAAAUAAACCGUGUAUCUUUGAGAAAAGUCAUCCCAGUGACAAAUGUGAGUGCAAAAUUAAAGUGCAAGGGUUUGUCAUAACAGAGAUCUACACUGCUACACUUCUGGAAGGAACGGAUGUUUUAUACAGCAAAAAAUUAAGGACUGAAGACUUCAUCAAACCGAAAACUCCAGUCUUAUCAGUGCAGAAGACUGAAAAUGGAAACUUUAAUGUAACUUGGGAUGCCCAGUAUAGUGAUUCUGUAGCAAGAAAUUUCUUGGAAACCUUAACAAUAAACCUGUCCUAUGGCAUCAAAGGAGGAAUUGAAAAGAUAUCCAAGACGGUGCAGAACACUGUGGGAUCCUUUGAAAUUGUGGGCAAAAAUCUCCAGCAGAAUACCGACUACGUUCUGACAGCAACAAUGAGCACAGGCUAUAAUGGCCAUAGUAUAUCUAGUGACCAGAGCGCACCAGUUGAGUUCACCGCACCCUCAUCCCCAAAUGAAAUAGCCAAAUUGGUGAUUCCAACUCUCUGUUUUGGUUUAAUCAUCAUCAUUUUUAUUAUCUUCUUCUGUAUUUUGAGAAUGAAGAUGAAUUGGUGGGACAAAAUCUCCAAGCCAAAAAUAGAUGCCAAUCUUGGAGAGGAGAAGGGUCAUAUUUUGCCUCUAUCUGUUAUGAAGUUCUCUGCAAUCCAUGUAGAGAUCCCAACACUGGACCCUCAUGAGAAUAAGAAAUUGAUCUCAGCAUUAUCAGUAGAUACAAACAAUGAGAAAAGUUCCCACAGUGUUGAGUCGGCACAAGUGGAUUAUGGCCAAGCUUGCACUAGUAGCCCCGAAGAGAACAUCUGCACCAUUGACGUCGCAUCACAUGUCAAGCGUGCAUUGGAUGACCUGUUUAGUUUACAUCCAACCCCAAACAAACCAUCAUCGUUAUCCCCCUACAAUCAGGUUACCAUGAGCAGGUCAAACAAGAGUGUUAAUGGUAUCAGCUUCUCAAGAGAACCCAACCGUGCAAACCGAGAUUCGGGCAAUUGCUCCGGCUCAUCAGUUUUCAGCAAUAUGUCAUAUUUGGAAACAGCCACAGAUGAUUCUUUAUUCCUGGAUCAGCUGAGCCCUGAUCGUUCCUGUCAGUCCAACAAGAGGGACGUUUCAGACUUGGAUGCAAGAGAUAGCCAGUUUAACUUUCCCACUAAUGAUACUAUGGAAGACGGCUAUCGAUGCUUCAGCAGUGUUUUAGAACAGGGAAACGAUGCAGAUAUUUGUCUUUCAGAUGAUGUUGAUGAGAAGUGCAUUAUGAAAAAUCUCAUCGCCAGCACAAAUCCACUCUAUCCUACUCUUAUUCUGGAUGAUGACAGUGUCACACCAACUGAUGAAGGAUAUCAGGCUUUUCAAGGCUUAACAAAGAGCACAGAAGGACAGUUGAGCUCGAGCGUCAGUACUGAACAAGCACUAAAUGCAUGUGGAGCAUUGAAAUUCCCCCAGAGCACCGGCAAAGAUCCCACAUCUUUCCAGCAGAGUUCUUUGCAUUUCUCACCCAGUAUUCAAAUAGACAAUUUAUAUCAGUGUGUUUAACCCUUCUCUAAAAGCAAAUGAUAAGUACAUGGCUAAAACAUUGGAAUUCAUUUUUGCAUGUAAUGUCAGCAAUUACUAUGAAUAAUUCAUUUGAAAAUGUGUUCAGUAAUAAUAAGAACCAUGCAAACUCUGUCCAUUGUUUGUUCAGACUCAAAGCCAAUGCCUUGAAUUGAGUUUGUUCCAGCUUUUUCUACAGUAAGAUGUUAAAAAAAAGUGCCUUAAAAGGAUAUUGCACACAUUGAAAUGAUCUCAUGUCAUCCCAAAUGACAUUCAUUCUUCUAUGAAACCCAAACAAAGCUUUUUAGAGGAGUGAUCCAGCUCCAUCAGUCUAUAAAAUGCAAGUUUAUCUUGGUAAAUGAUGAUGAGAAAAUAUUAGGUUUUUUUUGUUGUUGUUGGAGUGUCACUUUACAUGCCUGUAGGGAUCAUGUACAGUAACUAUUAUUGUUAUUCAUACUUCUUUAUUGCUCUGUUAUGUUACACAAAACGGCAAAUGUGAAACUUAGUCAAAUUUGCAAAUGCAAAUUAUAAAGGCAUGAUAACAAGACUUCAGAUUCUGUUUAACUACAGUACGCUGUAAUAACAAAUAAUGUUUAAAGUAUUACCAUCAAUAAGAAACUUUGAAGGAUUCAACAGAAGGAGUUAUUCACAGCGACUUACUCUAAUUAGGGAGUAAUGUAUUAUUUUUCUUGGCAUUCACAUUUUUAUUAUAUUAUGUUUCAUUAUAAUGGCAUUAUUACAGGGUCUGUGGCUUCAUUACAGGGUCUCAGUCUGUAAAUUGAACUUGUAUGUUUAUAGUAAGAUGUUUCAACAAAAAGGAAUAGAUGUUUGUAUAUAGGAUGCAUGUCUAGAUGUAGAUGACACUGUAAUGUUUUUUUGUUUUGCUAUCAUCAACAGGACAAUGGCCUGCUCUUCAAAAGGUCAGUUCGUAGACAGUUCGUGUCAGCCUGCGUACAGUAACUGCGCUGUCAAACAGAUGAUUGCCGUGUGUGUAAAAAACAAAACAAAAAAACAUUUCAUUAUUUUUUUAUGUAAUCUCUAGUUGUUCCACCACUAUGGUAUUCACUUCUCAGUUAAGAGCAAUGUUAAAACAGCCUUUGCUUCUACAUUUCUAAAAUAAAACCUCAGAGUGUUGAAACAGA